AUGUUUUUCAUGAGGGAGAAGUAUUUGCAGAUUUGUGAGAUGGUUGAUGAUGAAAAAGUUGACAUCGCAAGCACGGUUAUCGAUGAAGAUGCUCCAUUGGAGGAUGAUGUGGUACGGAGCUUGAGAACCAGCCCUAUACAUUCCGGAAAUAAGGACUGCACUUCCGUUGAUGACUUUGAGAUUAUAAAACCGAUUAGUCGUGAUGAGGCAAUUUUGCGUGAGCUCCGUCGGGCAGUUAAUCGACACUUAGAUGCCAUGAACCUUGAGGUCGAUGACGUUCGCGCUGGUCAGAUGGAUAUCUCACAUAUGGUUGCUGAUCUUAAAAAUCAUCUCGUUUCUUUGCAAGGAGUAUAUGUGAAGAUGGUCUUCAAGGACAACAAACGUAAGAAGCUGAUGUCUUGUGUUGGGAAUUUUGGUGUUGUUUGUGCGUCUGUAGUGACGUAUUUGGUGUUUAAGUAA